GCGCUGCGCCUGAGCGCCCCGUUAGCGUGCUAGUGCUCCAACCAAAGUGUUUAGACAAGUUUGUCUUGUGUAGAAAUGGCAGCUCGCAGGUAGUUGUGACCCAUCAAUAACAAAAGUUGUGUUUCUUGGAAAUCAGCGGAGCGCUUUUAAACAGAUGUACCUGCACAGGUGUUCGGCCGUAAACUGCGAGAAGUUGGAACUUUACAUGGAAUAACGUUUUUCUUCUGGGAUCAGAUCACUUUUUACUACAGGACGAGCAGCGAGAAGCCAAAAAAUGAAUAAUCUGUCUUUUGACGAUCCGUCACUGGAUAACUUGGACCCAAGUUUAUCCCUAAAUGACCCGAGCGAUAUCGACACCGCUCUGCUGAGCGACAUUGACGAUAUGCUCCAGCUCAUCCACAGCCAGGACAUGGAGUUCGGCGGCCUGUUCGACCACCCUCCGUUCCCGGGCCCUCUGGCUCCAGUGCAGGACCUUUCAGCCCUGCCUCCAUCCAGCUCACCUCCCUCUGCCCCCAGCUCACCCCCCACUACCACCACCACCACCACCUCCUCCAUCCUCAGCAGCAGCCCACAUCUGGAUGCUCUGCUGGGUCCUCCCAUCACCCGCAGCUCCCCAGCCCCUUUCACCCCACCUACUUUCAAGCAGUCCCCCCUGGCCCAGGUGACCCCCACGCCUGCUGCCCCACGCCAGCAGCCCACCCCGCUCCAGACCAGCCAGCCUAAAGCUCAGCCUGCUGCCCUUCACCCCUCCAGCCAGGCUGCCCAGGCUGCCCUUACUCCAUCACCUGCCAAGAGCCCAGUCUACAGCACCACCCAGCCGGCCCCCCAGCAACAGCAGCCACAGCCACAGCCACAGCAGCCACAGCCACAGCAGCAGCCGCCUGUUGUUACAUUCCCAAAUCAGAACGGAUACACUGUGGUCCCUCAGCAGGGCUCCCCCCAGCCCGUCCCCAGUGUUCCCAGCUCUCCACAGAACAUCCAACCAAUGACCAUCCAGGCUCAGGUCCAGAACCUUUCCACAUCACCCAUCCUCACCGCCACAUCCAGCUCCCCAGCACAGACCAUUUCCCCCCACGUUCAGCAGGUUCCUGUCUUGCUCCAACCUCAGUUCAUCAAGGCUGACUCUCUCUUACUCACGACUCUGAAGCCUGAUGCAUCAAUGGUGACCACAGUGGCGUCUCCAUGCAUCACUUCCCUGGCUACAUCCACCGCUCCGAUCCAGGGCACGUCCCUACAGGCUCUGAUGAGUGGAGGUACCAUCCUGACCACGGUUCCAGUCAUGGUGGACACAGAGAAGCUGCCCAUCAACCGUAUAGCCAUCAGUGGCAAGCCAGGUGGUCAGGUUCACAAGGGCGAGAAGCGUACGGCUCACAACGCCAUCGAGAAGCGCUAUCGCUCCUCCAUCAACGACAAGAUUAUCGAACUCAAGGAUCUGGUGGCUGGAACAGAAGCUAAGCUGAAUAAGUCAGCAGUUCUGAGGAAAGCCAUCGACUACAUUCGUUACCUGCAACAGUCCAACCAAAAACUCAAGCAGGAGAACAUGGCUCUCAAGAUGGCCAAUCAGAAGAACAAGUCUCUGAAGGACCUGGUGGCGAUGGAGGUGGAUGUGAAGAACGAGCUGCCCACUCCCCCAGCCUCCGAUGCUGGCUCCCCCCUGCCCAGCGGCCCCUUCUCUCACUGCAGCAGCGACUCAGAACCAGACAGUCCCAUGGUAGACGACAGUAAGCCGAUGACUCAAGCUGAAAGGUCUGCUGGAGGAAUGCUGGACCGUUCUCGCAUGGCUUUGUGUGCCUUCACCCUCCUCUUCCUCUCAUUUAACCCACUGGCUUCACUGAUGUGGGGGAGCAGUAGCAGCAACAGCAGAGCUGGAGAUACUGUCGGCCCCAGCCAUGUUGGAACUGGCAGGAACAUGCUGGGAAUGGAGAGUGCAGCUGAGUCAUGGGGCUGGAUGGACUGGAUGCUGCCCACUCUGUUGGUGUGGUUGCUGAAUGGCGUUCUGGUAGUUGGAGUUCUGAUCAAGCUGUUGGUUUAUGGAGAACCUGUCACUAGACCUCACUCUGAAUCCUCCGUCCUCUUCUGGAGACACCGCAAACAGGCCGACCUGGAUCUGGCACGGGGAGACUUUGCCCAGGCCUCUCAGAACUUGUGGACCUGCCUGAAAGCUCUCGGCCGACCCCUGCCCACCUCUCAGCUGGACCUUGCCUGCGCUGUGCUGUGGUCCACCCUACGUCUUUGGCUACAGAGGCUGUGGGUGGGUCGCUGGCUGGCCUGUAAGGCUGGAGGCCUUCGCGCUGAUCGCCCCCUGAAGGAUGAUGCGCGCAAGAGCUGCCGUGACGCCGCCCUGGUCUACCACCGCCUGCACCAGCUCCACAUGACAGGUAAGCUGGGUGGCAGUCACCUCUUUGCUGUCCACAUGGCCCUCAGUGCGGUGAACCUGGCCGAGUGUGCUGGCGACUGUCUGUCUGUGGCCACGCUGGCGGAGAUCUACGUCUCGGCUGCUCUGCGGGUGAAGACCAGUCUGCCUCGUCUGCUGCACAUCAGCUCUCGUGGCUUUCUGAGUCGAGCUCGCCAGGCCUGUCUCUCCCCCAGUGGCAGUGUUCCUCCUGCCAUGCAGUGGCUGUGUCACCCUCUGGGUCAUCGCUUCUUUGUGGAUGGUGAUUGGUCUGUGCGCAGCAGCCCUAAGGAGAGCAUCUACAGCCAGGCCGGGAACACAGUGGACCCUCUGGCUCAGGUGACACAGGCCUUCAGGGAGCACCUGCUGGAGAAGGCCCUGUACUGUGUGGCACAGCCCCAUGGAGACAAGACACCUAACCUGGGUCAAGGAGAGUACUCCGAUGCCCUAGAGUACCUGCAGCUGCUGACCAGUGCCUCGGAUGCAGCGGGAGCCACCACCCAGGCUUUCGCCAUCGGCUCCAACAUGGCUACUGUUACUGGCUGUGACCCUCACUCGAAAUGGUGGUCUUCGGUUGCGGUGGUGAUCAUUAACUGGCUGCAGGGGGAUGACGUGGCGGCGGAAAGAUUGUAUCCGGCAGUGGAGCACCUUCCACGCAGCCUUCAGUCCGCAGAGAGCCCCUUACCCAAAGCUUGCCUGAAUACAUUUAAAGCAGUGCGCGCCCUGCUGGCCAAACCGGAGAACAGCCAGCUCAGCCUCAGCUACUGUGAGAAAGCCAGCGGCCUGUUUAGAGACAGCCUCAACCUGGGGCCACACGGCAGGAGCAGCAGCACUUUAGAUAAGUUGGUGCAGUUGUUGCUGUGUGAUCUGCUGCUGGUAACGCGCACUAAUGUGUGGCGGGAUCAGCAGGUGUGUUCUCCAGCCACCGGUCAGCAGAGCUCUGCGUCGGCGGCCUCUCCGGCAGAGCUGCAGGGCUUCCAGCAGGACCUCAGCUCUCUGCGUAAACUCGCCCACAGCUUCAGACCCGCCAUGCGCAGGUUGUUUCUGCAUGAAGCUACAGCCAGGCUGAUGGCGGGUGCCAGCCCCACGCGCACACACCAGCUUUUGGACCGCAGUCUACGCCGUCGCGCCACACCCGGAGGCAAGAGCGGUGAGGACUUAGAAGAGUGUGAGACGCGGCCGGGUCAGCGAGAGCAGGCUGAAGCGGUCAUGCUGGCCUGCUGGUACCUCCCCCCUUCCUUUCUUUCGGCACCCGGCCAAAGAGUGGGCAUGUUGGCGGAUGCGGCUCGUACGCUGGAGAAGCUGGGGGACAAGCGCACUCUCCACGACUGCCAACAGAUGAUCAUCAAACUGGGCAGCGGAACCACGGUCACCUCCACAUAAAGCCUCAACCCCAAAAACACACAG